CCGUCGCCCUGGGGCCCGCGCGAGACCCCGCCGACUCCUGAGGGGACGCCGGGGCGCACGGCCGGGGAUGGGCGCGCGCAGGGGAUGGGGCCUGGAGGGAGGAGCCGAGGUGGCGGGGGUGCCUGGGCCACCCGGGCGCUGACCGUGAGCCGCCUCCAGACUGCCGCCAUGGGCCGCGUGAUCCGGGGGCAGAGGAAGGGCGCCGGCUCCGUGUUCCGCGCGCACGUGAAGCACCGCAAGGGCCCCGCUCGUCUGCGCGCCGUGGACUUCGCCGAGCGGCACGGCUACAUCAAGGGCAUCGUGAAGGACAUCAUCCACGAUCCGGGCCGCGGCGCGCCCCUCGCCAAGGUGGUCUUCCGGGAUCCGUACCGGUUUAAGAAGCGGACGGAGCUGUUCAUCGCCGCCGAGGGCAUCCACACUGGCCAGUUCGUGUACUGCGGCAAGAAGGCCCAGCUCAACAUCGGAAAUGUGCUCCCGGUGGGCACCAUGCCGGAGGGCACCAUUGUGUGUUGUCUGGAGGAGAAGCCUGGUGACCGGGGCAAGCUGGCCCGAGCUUCGGGGAACUACGCCACUGUCAUUUCCCACAACCCCGAAACCAAGAAGACGCGAGUGAAGCUGCCCUCGGGCUCCAAAAAGGUUAUCUCCUCGGCCAACAGAGCUGUGGUCGGUGUGGUGGCUGGAGGAGGCCGCAUUGACAAGCCCAUCCUGAAGGCUGGCCGUGCCUACCACAAGUAUAAGGCAAAGAGGAAUUGCUGGCCACGUGUGCGGGGUGUGGCCAUGAAUCCCGUGGAGCAUCCAUUCGGAGGUGGCAACCACCAGCACAUUGGCAAACCCUCUACCAUCCGCAGAGAUGCCCCUGCUGGCCGGAAAGUGGGUCUCAUCGCUGCCCGCCGGACUGGCCGUCUCCGGGGAACCAAGACUGUGCAGGAGAAAGAGAACUAGGGCUGGGGCCUCAAUAAAGUUUGUCCUUCCACCACCGA